AUGUCUCCAUUAACUGCAAUUUUGCAAUCAUAUCAUGCCAAGGUAGAAGAUGAGAGUUCUAUCUACCAUUUAUUGAAAAAAAGUGGAUCGCAGCCAAGUCUAAGCAUUGAUGAAGUUGUCGUACGUGUGCCAUCUGUGGGUGAGCCAAGUUUUACUUGCCAAUCCGCCAUGUUGUUGAAUGAGUUGUUGGCUAAAGCUUCAAACCACCAAUCAAUUGAAGGUAUCGGGACUACCCAAAUUAGACCAGUCAGUGCUCUUUUUGGUGCCAAAGAUCGCAUUGCUGAUAAUUCUACCAUUGAGUUAGUGAACCACCACUACUCUCAAUUGAGCACAAGCUACCCCGACAAAUCAACCGGGUUCAUGGUUUAUGGGAAAUGUGAAAUUGACAAUACAUUAUUACAUGAUCCAGAAACAUUACGCAACCCAUCAAGCUCUUCCUCGAUGUCAUCCGCCAACACUGUGCUUUCGUCUCUGCCAGUAUCUCAAAUGUAUCAAAAUCCUGAUAAAGCAAUUGAGCAAUCGCGAUUGAGUCAGAUACAAACAAACAGUGAAUUGUACUCUUUGGUGGAGCAAGACUUGAGAUUUACACCUGCAUUAUAUCGAAUGUCACCAUUUGCAAUAAGUCAUGAAGUUGAUGACCACGUCGAAGAGUCAUUUCCGCACUCGAUUUGCCCUUGGCAAUUACAGUCAAACAAUAUCAUUUACCUGCAACCUACACCGGUUCAUUUAAAGCUUAAAAGGGGAUUACUAGAGAACAUUCAGGAUGUGUUUAAUCUCACAAUUGACGACGAUGAUGACAAGGGUGUUUCGGAGUACCACGAAGGUUCAACAAUACAAGAUUGUAUAAUGUGUAUGUCAGUUUCUCCAUCGAUUUCACCAAGGCAGUACGCAUUGUCAAGGUUGUGUUCGCCAAAGAUGAACAAUUUGGCAGUAUUUAAGUUUGCAACUACACCUGCUCCUCCGGAAUCUUUUGAAACGCCAGUGGCUCCCGAAACCACUCCAGUGUCGACUGCUGACAUCUCUGUCCAUGGCACUCCGGCUGUAGAUCCUGUUAAUAAUAACCAUUCUGAUGAUGAUGAUGGUGAUGAUGAUGAUGACAUCACACCUCAUCCAACUGAAGCAACCUCAAAAGCGAGUUGGACCAACUCAUCUGAUUUUUGCAACGCAGCCACCUCAGGAAUCGAUGCAUCAAAAUUGGAAGAAUACAAGAAAGCAUUCUUCAGUCAAUACAGUAAGGUUUCCAUCACCAAAAUCAAAGUGGCGGAAUCUGAUAAAAAGUUUUUACCCAAAAAUGAUCUGAAACCAAACUAUUACACUUUAGUUGACAAUUUGGAUAUAUUCACAUGUUCAAAAUUGGCUUGUACAAAAAGGUACAAAUGUCCUGUCAAGGAGUGUCCCAUGCAUUUCCUCGGUAUCAAAAAGAGAGCUGAGUUGAAACAUCAUGUGCAUUAUGAGCACUUGAAAAAUGGAUUUGUUAAACUUGGUUGUCGUGAAUAUGAAGACGAGAUCAUGAGGAUCCUAUUUGUGUGCAAUGAAGCUGGAUGUGGUAAGGCAUUUUAUCGUUGCGAUUCAUUAAACAGGCAUCUCCAUUUGGUUCAUGGGAACAAACGGAAGGGAGGAGGUGCCAAAAGAAAGUUUGUUGUUAAUGAUGAGGUCGAACUUGCUGAUGUUGAACUCGUGGAAAAUUAUAAUAUUGAUCGUGAAUUAAAUUGCCAAGAUGAUGGUGAUAUAGAAGUAUGCACCACAUUAAAGAGAAGAAAAAAAGUUAUUUAG